AUGCAAUCCGUCCAACGUCUCCUCCUCGCAGGUCUCGUCGCCGCCCAAGUCUCAGCCAAAACCCUCAACAUCGUCGCACACCAAGACGACGACCUCCUCUUCCUCAGUCCGGACCUACUGCACAAUGUACACGGUAACGAACCCCUAAGAACCAUCUUCCUAACAGCUGGCGACGCCGGCAACGACGCAGCAUACUGGACCCGACGUCAGGAGGGGUCUAUGGCAGCCUAUGCGAUGAUGGCCGGGGUACCCAAUGAAUGGACCCCCGAGGACGCGGGAUACGAUAAUGUGCAUAUCCCUAUGUUCACACUGGAAGGAAAGCCAGAUAUCUCGCUGGUGUAUUUGCAACUUCCUGACGGGAACAUGGACGGGUCUGGGUUCGAGUCCACGAAUCAUGAAAGUCUGAGUAAGCUCUGGAAGGGGGAUAUCCAGACCAUUAAUUCCGUGAAUGGGAAGGCGACCUACACAAAGGACUCAUUGACGAGUGUACUGACGCGUCUCAUUGAUGAUUUCGAUCCAUUGAGGAUCAAUACCCAGAAUUUCGUGGACAAUAUCAGUGAUAAUGAUCAUAGUGAUCACUAUACGACUGCGUAUUUUGCCCAUCUGGCCGCCUCUCAGGCAACGAAUGAGGCUGAGUUCGCUGGUUAUCUGGGUUAUGAUGUCACCGCGAGGGGGGCCAAUGUCCAAGGGGAGAAUCUGCAGACGAAACAGAACGUCUUCUUCUAUUAUGCGGGCUUUGAUCCCGGUACUUGUCCGAAUCUCCCGGCCUGUGCUGGAAGACCAGAGCCUUCGUGGUUGGAGCGUAUGUAUAUUAUCUAG